AUGAGCAGUACUGUACCGACAGAUGCAAACGGUCCUCCAUCAGGACCAAGCCCUACACUAAUGAACUCACAUAAUAACUCAAGAUUAGCAUCGGUUUCACCGUCAAUCCCCGCAUCAAUACUGGCAUCAGAAACAACCAACAACACUAAUCUGCAGCGACCAUCAAGAAGAGUUGCCAGACGUGCAUGCUUGUCGUGUCGUGAAAAGAAGAUCAAGUGUGAUGGUGAACCUGUUUGUGCUAUAUCUUCAGCCGAUGGAAUCAACAAAGUCGUUCCAGAAAAGACCCGUAUUUGUUCAAACUGUAAAUUUUUAGGGAUAGAAUGUGUCUUUGUCCAAAGUAAUCGUGGAGGAAGGAGGAAAAGGAGAGAAGCAAAUGAUCCAGCAAGUCAAACUGGUAGUACAUUGUCCCUGGCUCAACUCAAAAAAAUACGAACAGAUAGCUCCAACACAGCUACUUUUACAAAUCCAAACAGUACCCACCAGAUCCAAAACACAGCCAACAGUGAUAAUCAUGAGGAUGAGAGCAUUCAAAGCUCUACUGAUCGGGUGAGCUCAUUUAUACUAGGUGGCAAGGACAAACCCAGAGGGACUCAUCUUCCAGGGUCUAUACAAUCCCAUAUGCCUACUCCUUUGAAUAAGAUGCCACCACCACCGCCCAUGUCUUCUAUAAGUGAAAGUCAAAAUAUAAGAGGUGACCACGGUCGUGCUUUUAGUAAACCACCAUACCCUGAGUUCGACGACAUGGUUCGAAGUGAUACCACAAGAUCCAACUCCUACGAUUUCCCCCGAUUCCCAUUUUCUUCGCGACCAGGAGGCGGUAGAAGGUACGAAGAUAUAGAUCGUGCUGAUGAAACAGAGACCGAGUCGUCGUUUAGAUUGUCGAGUGUUGCUCCAAAGGGACCUCAUCCACCUCGUGGCCCACCUUCUCCUAGAGGUUUUGGACGCGGAUCUCAUCGUCGAGGACCACCACCACCACAUUCACCUCAUUCACCUCAUUCACCUCACUCACCUCAUCAUCAUCAUUACCAUCGUCAUGAUAUGGACGACUAUUAUUCACUCCCUCCACCCCCACCACCUCCUCCUCCAUUUGGAUUCCACCACGGGCCACCACCGCCAUUCCCGCCUUCUUUUCCUCCACCUCCUCCGCCACCGCCGGGACAUUUCCCUCAUUUCCAUCCUCACUUUCCACCACCACCUCCUCCCCCUCCACACUUUCAUCAUCACUACAGAAUGCACAAGCACCACCCUCAUUCUCGUCAUCACCACCAUCGUCGUCCCUUCUAUGAUCAUCACUAUGAGGACGAAGAGUCACCAGAGCCAUAUUCACCAAAACCACGUGAUCGCCGCAAGAAUGAAAAGGAUGCCUACAGCGAAAGUUCACGUGCCAGAUCAUCCAAGAGACGUAGCAGUGUGUCAAGCUCGCGAUCGACGCUGUCUUCGGAAAGCAAUUUUCAAAGGCCAACUUCGUCAUUGGCUUCUAGAACGGCACACGGGAAUGGGAAACCCGAUGAACUGGUUACUGAGGGGUACACACGUAAGGAACAAGUAUUGCUGCUGAAAAGUGAAUCCAUUGGAACUGCUCCUCGCCAAACUGUUACUCAGACUUCAAGCCAAACUGCGAUUGCUCAAAUACCAACCCAAUCAUUUUCUGAUGCCGAUUUGGCCAAAUACGAUCUUCCAAACUGGGAGACUCUUGACAAAGUAUUGACAUUUUAUUACAUUUACAACCAACCCAAUCAUCAAUUAUUCCCAGGAAAGUCAAUUUUGCUCAAAAAUUUGUCAUUGAAUAUAGACAGCUCGGUAAUGCAUGCAAUCAUUGCCACGAUAUGCAUCACUGCCACAAGACAAGAUCCAACUUUAUCCAUCAGCAAUGAUGAAAAUUACUGGAUCAAUAAGGCUUAUCAAUAUUGGGACAAUUUGAAUGGGCUUGGAAUAAUGCUUUGUUACAAAUUGAUCCCUAAAUGCACCUCAUUUCGAUACGACAUGAGCAAGAUCAACCAAGUCAAUGCCAAGGUUCUUGACACGAUUCAUGAAAACAACUAUGUCGAGAUAUACAGUCAAAAGAGGUUUGAGUUUCAGCAAACCGAAAUGAAGAAAAGUGGGUUACCACAACGAAACCCCAUGUUUGGUACCCUGAGACAAAUUUAUGAACGAGAAAUUAUCCUUCGAAUGAUUUGGAGUUUUUACAUUCAUCACAUCAUCCUAUUGAGGUUCAAUCAAGGACGUCCGUAUUAUAAAUUAUCAACAAUUGUCGAUGAUUUCAAAUUUGAUUAUGAAAGAGAUCACUAUUCGAAUAAUAUUUUGCUCCCGUUGAGUGAUUUUGAUUUUAUGACGUUGAAAUUGAUCAAUAAUCGAACAAACUGGAAACAAUUGUAUGAAAAGAGUCAUGUGCCCUCCGAUAUAUCAAGCUUGAUAUUGGCCAGCAAAAUUUUUGAAAGUUUCUUGACUAAAUUGUCCAAUGAUGAAUUAACAUAUGAUAACUUGAUUAGUGCCGAUGAUUUCAAUGUUGACUUCACAAACAAGAUCAGAUCGCAACAUAUUUCAAUAAAAGAGGACAAGAAGUUGAUAGUGGUUAAUGUAACUUAUUGGUUUGCCAAUACGAUUCUUCGCGUUUCAGAAAUUUUACAAUACAAUCACUUCAUUGACGAUGUUAUGAAGUUUAAAGUGUACAAAUACGAAUUCAAACGCAAUAUUGAAGAACACGAUCACAGUAAAAGUAACAGAAAUAAUCAGUCCUUUUUUACUCCGAUUAUAUGUGAUGAAAUGUUUGAAUGUGGGGAUUUAACCAGCCAAUUGCUUCAAUUUACAUCUAACCAAUGGCAAAGCUUAAUUGAGCUAGUGAAAUCGAUGAAUGGGUUUAUUUCAUUGAUUGAGUUUGCUCCGCUGGCUGAAUAUCAAGAUUAUGCAUUAGUUCUCGGCCCAUCGUUAAUCUACAAUGAUGAACCAACUAGCAAAAGCAACAAAAUUAGUAAUGUCAUCAACAAAUCAACUGAAUGGUACGAUUCACCUGAGCUAAGGGCAUCAGUGAAACAAUCAUGGAACAAGUUGCCACCGUAUUCGUUAUCAUUCUCGGCUGCCGCCUUGUCUAUUAUUUGCAGUUUGGCGGUAUUGACAAAAUACAUCAAAUUGAAGAACCAACCCGAUGGUAAUUGUCUAGCUGUUGAAUUUUUCGAGACUGGAGAUGUCAAGGUUUUUGAAAAUGUCAAGUUGGAUAAUAAUAGUCCCACAGAUGAUGGAUGUGGAAACGUGGUUGAGUUAUUCACUACUUCAGUAGUUUUGAAACAAGUGUCUUCCUUGUGUGAGUUCAUCAAGUUCAAAUUGUCCUAUAGUAACCCCGAAGUUAUGCAGAGUACAAUUCAAAGGAUGAAUAAAGUGACACAGCAUUUGGAGAGUAUCUUGAGUAAUUAG